AUGUCUGAGAUCGACUACGAGAAGUUAGCUGAAAUAGAACUGCAGAAAGAUGAAGCAGAAGAUACACAGUCAGAACAGGAAGAAACACUUGUCUCUCCUCCACUUGAGGAUCCUGAGUUAAAUAUCAAUCACCCUUACUAUGAUGUUGCAAGACACGGCAUCAUUCAGUUAGCAGGUGAUGACAAUUCUGGAAGGAAGGUGAUUACCUUCAGUUGCUGUCGUAUGCCCCCCUCCCAUCAGCUCAAUCACACCAGAUUGCUGGAGUACUUAAAGUAUACUCUGGACCAGUAUGUAGAGAAUGAUUAUAUGGUUGUCUACUUUCACUAUGGCCUGAAGAGUCUGAAUAAACCAUCUCUGAAAUGGUUACAAACAGCCUACAAAGAAUUUGACAGGAAGUAUAAGAAAAACCUUAAGGCGCUCUAUGUUGUACAUCCAACCAACUUCAUAAAAAUUCUGUGGAAUAUCUUUAAACCUCUCAUAAGCCAUAAGUUUGGGAAAAAGAUCACUUACUUGAACUAUUUAAGUGACUUGAGAGAGCAUCUCAAAUAUGACCAGCUAAAUAUCCCUCAAGAAGUUAUCCGACAUGAUGAAAAUCUUCGGAGAAAACAGAAGGGAGAACUGCCACCUGUGGUUAAGGUUCCUCCACCACGGCCACCUCUGCCUACCCAGCAAUUUGGAGUCAGUCUGCAAUAUAUCAAGGACAAAAAUAAAGGUGAACUAAUCCCCCCAGUAAUGAAGGAAACUGUAUCCUACCUCAAAAUGAAAGGACUACAAGUAGAGGGCCUCUUCCGAAGGUCAGCCAGCAUCCAGACUAUCAAAGAUGUUCAGAAACUCUACAAUCAGGGCAAGUCUGUGAAUUUCGAUGAUUAUCAUGAUAUCCAUAUUCCAGCUGUUAUCCUCAAGACUUUCCUUAGGGAGCUCCCUCAGCCAUUACUAACAUUUGAGUGUUAUGAUCAUAUCCUCGGAAUCACCAGUGUAGAGAGCAGUCUGCGAGUCACCAGAUGCAAGCAAAUCAUUCAAGGACUUCCUGAGCACAAUUACGUUGUUCUGAAAUACCUGAUGUGCUUUCUCCAUAUGGUUUCACAGGAGAGCAUAUAUAACAGAAUGACAGCAUCUAGCCUGGCCUGUGUCUUUGGGUUGAAUUUGAUCUGGCCGGAGAAAGGAACAGCCUCCCUGAGUGCUCUGGUACCUUUGAAUCUCUUCACUGAACUGCUGAUAGAUUUCUACAGGAAUAUAUUCCACUCCCGAACAGUGCCUGGUGAGAUCUUACCUUAA